AUGUCAGAGUCGAGGCUCUAUACCUUCUCGCAAGAGACCAAAGACCAGCUACGCAAGUUCCGGCUAGGCACGUCCCGGGCGAAGACGCCGCUGGCCAAAAUCUACCAAAUCGACGCCAAAACCCAAGAAAUCAAGCCCUCCUCCGAUGACACAUACAGCGACAUGCUCGAGCUGGCGGACGAGCUGCCAGACUCGUCGCCACGUUUCAUCCUCUUGAGCUACCCAUUAACCUUGGCCUCGGGGCGCCAGUCCGUCCCCUACGUCCUCCUGUACUACUUGCCCGUGAACUGCAAUCCCAACAUGCGCAUGAGCUACGCCGGUGCGGUGGAGUUGAUGCGCUCGACCGCCGAGGUGAACCGCGUGCUGGAGAUCGCCGACGCCGAGGACUUGCAGGAGAUCGAAGGGCGGUUGAAGGGCGAGGAUUGA